CUGGGAGGCUGUGAGGAAGAGGAAGAUGCCCCAGGACCCUGAGGCAGAGCAGGAGCUGAGCAUGGAGAGCAGGGAGGACAAAUGCCCGCGGCAGAACCUGGUGGCAGAGGCCGUUUUGAGCGGCUCCACGGCGCAGGAAGCCAACGGGGAGGAAAAGCCCCGGAGAUGCCGCACGAGGAGGGGCUGCAAACGCAGCUGGCGGGGAUCUGAGGGGGAAAGAGCCAGCCUGGGCCGGGAAGGCGGCCAGAGAUGGAGCCAGAGCUCAGAGCUGGUGCUCCAUGAGCAGCUCCAUGAUGGGGAGAAGCCCCACACGUGGUUGGAGUGUGUGAAGAGCUUCAGCUGGACCUCCAGCCUGAUCCUGCACCAGAUGAUCCACUCUGGUGAACGGCCCUAUGAGUGUGAGGAGUGUGGGAUGAGCUUCAGACGGCGCUCUCACCUGAUCAGGUACCAGGUGAUCCACACCGGGAAGAAGCCCUACCAGUGUGGGCAAUGUGGGAAGAGCUUCAGCAGGAGCUCCGGCCUCAUCGAGCACCAGAGGACCCACACUGGAGAGAGGCCGUACGAGUGUGCGGAGUGUGGAAGGAGGUUCAGCCACUAUUCUGCUCUGAUCGUGCACCUAAAGAUCCACACUGGGGAGAGGCCCUACGAGGGUUCCAAGUGCGUGAAGAAGUUUAAGACCAGCUCCUAUCUCCUCCUGCACUAUUGGAUUCACAUGGACGAGAGGCCCUUCCAAUGCCCUGAGUGCGGGAAGGGGUUCAGGGACAACUCCACUCUGAUGCAGCAUCAACGCAUCCACACCAUGGAGAGACCCCAUGAGUGUGAGGAGUGUGGGAAGAGCUUCAAAAGGAGCUCCUACCUGAUCAGCCACCAGAUGAUCCACAAUGGGGAGAGGCCCUACGAGUGUUCCGAGUGCGGCCAGAGAUGGAGCCAGAGCUCGGAGCUGCUGCUCCAUGAGAAGCUCCAUGAUGGGAAGAAGCCCCACAUGUGUGAGGAAUGUGGGAAGAGCUUCAGGUGGAACUCCAACCUGAUCCUGCACCAGAGGACCCACACUGGAGAGAAGCCCUAUGAGUGUGGAGAUUGUGGGAAGAGCUUCAGCCGGAGCUCCAGCCUGAUCAGGCAUCAAAGAACCCACAAUGGGGAAAAGCCCUAUGAGUGUGGGGAGUGUGGGAAGAGCUUCAGGUGGAGCUCUAGCCUGAUCCUGCACCAGAGGACCCACACGGGUGAGAAGCCUUACGAGUGUGGGGAAUGUGGGAAGAGCUUCAGCGAGAGCUCCAGCCUUUUGAAGCACCAGAGGAUCCACACUGGGGAACGGCCCUACGAGUGUGGGGAGUGUGGGAAGAGCUUCAGCUGCAGCUCUUACCUGAUCAGGCACCAGAUAAUCCACACUAGGGAAUGGCCCUACAAAUGUGGGGAGUGUGGGAAGGGUUUUAUUCAGAGCUCCCACCUAAUCAGCCACCAGAGGAUCCACACUGGGGAACGGCCCUACGAGUGUGGGGAGUGUAGGAAGAGCUUCAGCUGCAGGUCUGACCUGACCAAGCACCAGAGGAUCCACACUGGGAAACGGCCCUACAACUGUGGGGAGUGCGGACAGAGCUUCAGGUGGAGGUCUGACCUGAUCAGCCACCAGAGGAUUCAUACUGGGGAGAGGCCCUACGAGUGUGGGGACUGUGGGAAGAGCUUCAGAGAGAGGUCCAGCCUGACCAAGCAUCAGAGGAUCCACACUGGGGAGAGGCCCCAUGAAUGUGGGGAGUGUGGGAAGAGCUUCAACUUGAGCUCCAGCCUGAUCAAGCACCAGAGGAUCCACACUGGGGAAAGGCCUUUCAAGUGUUCCAUGUGCGGGAAGAGCUUCAGCCAGAGCUCCCACCUGAUCACACACCAGAUGACCCACACUGGGGAGAGGCCCUACAAGUGUUCCAAGUGUGGGAAGGGGUUUCAGUCCAGCUCCCACCUCCUCCGCCACUAUCAGAUUCACACAGAGGAGAGGCCCUUCCAAUGCCCUGAGUGUGGGAAGGGAUUCAAGCGCAACUCCACCCUCAUCACUCACCAGCGCAUCCACACUGGGGAGAGGCUCUACGAGUGUGAUAAAUGCAGGAAGAGGUUUCUGACCAGCUCCAGUCUCGUCCUGCACUCUCGGAUUCACACAGAGGAGAGGCCCUUCCGCUGCCCUGACUGUGGAAAGGGAUUCCAGCGCAACUGCAACCUCGUCAAGCACCGGCGCAUCCACACUGGGCAGAGGCCCUGUGAGUGUCCCCAGUGUGGGAAGAGCUUCUCCAGCAGCUCUCACUUGACCCAACACCAACGAAGGCACCGGUAAGGGAAGCCCUGCGAGUGCCCCGAGUGCAGGAAGAGCUUCGUGCGCUGCUGCACCUCACGGGUAGUGAUUGUGUGGGGCUGGCUGUACAGGAUGCAUUUGCAGCAAAUAAAACUCCUAGACUUACUGAUUUCUCUCCCGUU